CUUAAUUAAAUUAUUAUUUUUAUUAUUAAAAAAAUGAUUAAAAUUUUUAAAUUUUUAAAAACAUCCGCUCUAUCAUAUACUGUAUUGUUAUGCUUCAUUAUUUACUAUAUAUCAAAAAAUAAUAAAAAGCAAUCAAACGCGCUCAAUUCUACGAAGGUUCACGAUAUCUACCGACAGUUAGAGUCCCUUAAAGUAGAUAUAUCGAAGGGUAAAGUUAGCGAUAUUAAACUGAACACAUUAGAUGCCAAUUCAAUGCCUUGCGAGAUAUGUCAUGUUUCUCUGUCCCUAUUUUUGCCUCAUCUGAAAUCCAUAUAUGCGUCAGAUUAUAGUAUACUUAACCCUCGCGCAUUUAUUAGACCACUUGCGACGCCUCUUCAAAAAAAAUACAUUGUAGGAAUACCUAGUGCACCUCGUCAAUUUGGAAGUUACCUAAAAGAAACGCUCCGAUCUAUCUUUAUAGCUUUGUCAAGAGAACAAUUAAAUGAUCUAAAGGUCAUCAUAUUGCUAUCCGGGAACGAAUCAUAUAUAAACCAAGAAGUGCGGAUGAUUGAAAAUGAUUUUUGGAAACAAGUUCAAAUCGGUGCAAUAGAGAUCAUAACUCCUCCUGACAUUUUUUACCCCUCUUGGUCUAACAUUAAUCCAACCCUAGAAGAUACUCCUGAACGCAUGAAGAUACACUUGAUAAAGAAUCUCACAUCAAGCAAGUGGAGAACGAAACAAAAUUUGGAUAUCAUAUAUUUGAUGUUGUAUUCUUACCAAAAAUGUGACUAUUAUUUACAACUCGAAGAUGACGUGAUAGCCAAAUAUAAUUUCUUGAGCAUAAUCGAUCAAGUCAUAACCAAUCCGGCUACUAAUGAAUGGGCGAUGUUAGACUUUUGUCCGUUAGGUUCUAUAGGGAAAUUAUACCGUAACAACGAAAUUCCCUUAAUAGCUUCCUACAUGGGUCUUUUCUAUCUGGAUAAACCUAUCGAUUGGUUAAUCGCUAGUUAUUUAAUCAGCAGAUAUUGCACGCCAGUUAUUCCCAAGACCACAUGUGACCAAAUUAUAUUAAAGCGUGUACCUCUUCACUACACUUCAUUAUUUCAACACGUUGGUGUAAUAUCAUCUCUAGAAGGAAAAAUUCAAAAUUUAAAAGUACAAAAAUUUGGAGAAAGUGUAUUUUAUUUGCUCCACACUAACCCGGAGGCCCUGGUUAAUACGACCCUUAGAACGUAUAAAAAUCACAACAUAGAGAAUACAUACAACAGAAAAUCUUACUUUUGGGCCGAGGAACCUAAGAAAGGAGACAUUAUUCUCAUACAAAUGAAAAAUCCAGUUUCGAUUAAAAGGAUAUUCAUCAAAUCAGGUCAUGAAGUGCACACGAUGGACCGAUUAUACAAUACUACCCUGGAAAUCAAAUUACUCAACAAUAAAGAUCCAAUGCCUAGUUCUCCCUCUUAUUUGUUGCCCCGAAACAUCGAUAUGAAUUCUGUUCAAAGGUUAUCUCGAUACACAAAUUCAUAUCGCCAAAACGAUCAAUCUAAGCUCAUAUUUGAAGAUUCAAAGGAAUUUUCAAGUAUUAUAAAGGAAUCCUUGCAGGAAGGGUUUUUGGUUAUAGGAAUCAUCGAUUUUAUGGGUUCGAUCGAUAUAUCGGUUCCCGAGUUAUUGGCCAAUACCAAUUCUACUCAGGAUUUUAAAGUUGAUGAAGUCAGGCUCAAAAUACAUUAUCCUAGCACAUUUUGGGUCACUAUUACCGAAAUAUAUAUCGAAGAACAAAAGAAAUAGAAGAGUUAGUAAAAAUCGAUAAAAUUAUAAUUGUGAUUUUCAGUAAAUCUUUUGUAAAUAUAAAAAAAUAUUUCAUAUAAAAUAAAUGCAUGAACAAAUUAUAUUUAGAAAUUUCAUACUGUAGAUUUAUUUAUUGUAACCACAUUAUCUUAUUUUAUUAAUAAUUUAUUGAUAUAUUACGGCGCAAAAAGCAUGUUAUUAAGAUCUCUGAAGAUCGUU